CCUGAGGUGAAGAUGGAUACCCGGCUAUCUUUGCCCAGGUACCCGCUGCUGGUGCUGCUCUGUGCCCUGUCGGGGACCCGGAGCCCCGUGGCUGCCGCGGGGAGGAGCUGCGCCGACACCCGGCAGGUGUACGCAGAGAAGGGGUACAGCACCGGCGCCGCUCCGCUGACUCAAAUAUCUGGUGAGCACCUGCGGCUCUGUCCUCAGGACUACACCUGCUGCUCCAGUCAGAUGGAGGAGACGCUGGGCCUCCAGAGCGAGAGGGACUUCCUCAAAGCCGUCGAGGAGAACAGCCAGUUCCUUUUGACUACCUUCACGCAGAGACACCGCCGGUUUGAUGAGUUCUUCAGAGAGCUUAUAGACUUGUCCGAGAAGUCUAUGAACCAGAUGUUUACCAAGACCUACGGCCGGCUCUUUACCCAGAAUGCACACGUCUUCCAGGAGCUGUUUGUGGAGCUGCGCAGAUAUUAUUCUGGGGGCAGUGUCAGCCUGUCAGAGGUUCUGUCAGACUUCUGGUCCAGACUGGUGGAGCGAGUCUUCUCACUGGUUAACCCCCAGUAUCAGUUUAGUGAAGACUACCUGGAGUGUGUCAGCAAGCAUGCCGAACAACUGCAGCCCUUUGGGGAAGUGCCCCGCAGACUGCGUGUCCAAGUGUCGAGGGCUUUCAUUGCAGCCAGAGCUCUGUCUCAGGGCUUGGCUACCGGUCGGGAUAUUGUUAACAAAGCAACAAAGUUGACGGCGGACUCGGAGUGUGUGCGUGGCCUGAUGCGUCAGUGGUAUUGCCCACUGUGUCGAGGCCUGCCCUCCCUGCGGCCCUGCCACUCCCUGUGCCUUAACGUGAUGAAAGGCUGCUUGGCCAAUCAGGGCGACCUGGACACAGAAUGGAACAACUUCAUUGAUGCUCUGUACCAGGUUUCAGAGAAGUUGGAGGGGCCGUUCAACAUGGAGCUUGCAGCCGACUCCAUCUCUGUGAAAGUGUCAGAGGCCAUCAUGCACAUGCAGGAAAACAGCGUCAGCAUCUCAACGAAGGUGUUCCAGGGUUGUGGAAGCCCCAGGCCAGCACCAGGGCGGUCCAAACGCUCACCCAACGAGUCGGGGGGCAACAGGAGGCCUUUCCGCACCUACAGCCCGGAGGAGAAACCCACCACUGCUGCCGGCACCAACCUGGACCGACUGGUUACCGAGCUGAAGGAGCGACUGCGGCCCAUGCGUGGCUUCUGGGUGUCCCUCCCACACACCAUCUGCAACGAUGAGAAGAUGGCCUCCGACGUCACUAAUGAGGACCGCUGCUGGAACGGGCAGACCCGGGGGAGGUACCUCCCGGAUGUUAUGGGCGACGGGCUGGUCAGCCAGAUCAACAACCCCGAGGUGGAGGUGGACAUUGCCAGGCCGGAUGUGAGGACCAGACAGCUGAUCAUGGAGCUGAGGGUGGUGACCAACAAACUGAGACACGCUCAGAGUGGACAGGACAUGGACUUCAUGGACAGUGAGGAGGGCAGUGGCUCAGGAUUUGGAGAUCAGGGUGAAAGGUACAAUGAUGAUUGGCCCGGCUAUGGGCCUAAUGCCCCGCCCUACAGCAAACCCCCUCGCACCCCUGCUGCCGAGCCCGCAAAGCCGCCUCGAGUCCGAGAGAGAAACGGCUCCAAGUGGAACAGAAACAACGGUCACGGUCGGGACAGAUCUGCAACCAGCCAGCUCUCCUUCUCCCUGUUUCCUUUGUUGUUAUUGCCCUUCAUGGUCACUGUUGCCCCCAUGUGGAGAUAGCUGGUUA